GCCCCGUCUGAUCACGUGGCCACCAAGAUGGCGGCGCCCAGCGGACGGUGCGCGAGGUUCGUCAGCUGACUUGUUCUCGGAGCUGUGGCCGCGACCCGCUUCUACCUGUCCCGAGUGACCAGAGCUCAGUGACCAGUCCUUAUAGUCGAAAGCAGGCAGGUUUUUACUGCUGAGGACCUGGACCCGCUGGGAGGCUUGCCAUGGUAACAGAACAGGAGGUAGAGGCCAUAGGGAAAACCCUAGUGGACUCCACGCAGCCCCUGCAGGCCCGCUUCCGUGCCCUGUUUACCCUGCGGGGACUUGGUGGCCCCGAUGCUAUCUCCUGGAUCAGCCGAGGCUUUGAGGACAGCUCUGCCCUUCUGAAGCACGAGCUAGCCUACUGCCUGGGCCAGAUGAGGGACCCACGAGCCAUCCCUGUGCUGGUGUCCGUCCUACAGGACAGGAACCAGGAGCCCAUGGUGCGUCAUGAGGCAGGGGAAGCACUGGGGGCGAUUGGUAACCCGAAAGUUCUAGGCCUCCUGAAGCAGUAUUCCACCGACCCAGUGGUUGAGGUGGCUGAGACGUGCCAGCUCGCCGUUAGGCGUCUAGAGUGGCUGCAGCAGCACCCGGGGGAGGCCACAUGUGCAGGACCCUACCUCUCAGUAGAUCCUGCACCCCCUGCGGCAGAAGGUGAUGUGGGGCGGCUGCGGGAGACCCUGCUGGAUGAGGCGCAGCCACUCUUCGAGCGGUACCGUGCCAUGUUUGCCCUGCGCAAUGUGGGUGGCAAGGAGGCUGCCUUGGCCCUGGCUGAAGGCCUGAAGUGUGGCAGUGCGCUCUUCCGACACGAGGUGGGCUAUGUGCUGGGUCAGCUGCAGCACGAAGCAGCCGUGUCUGAACUGGCAGCCACAUUGGCACGGACCACUGAGAGCCCCAUGGUACGACAUGAGUGCGCAGAGGCCCUGGGUGCCAUCGCCAGGCCUGCCUGCCUGGCUGCACUGCGGGAGUACAUCACGGACCCUGAGCGAGUGGUGCGGGAGAGCUGCGAGGUAGCACUGGACAUGUAUGAGUAUGAAAAUGGCCAGGACUUCCAGUACGCAGAUGGGCUCGAGCGCCUGAGGCCACCGCCCUGACAUGGCACCCGGCUCACCCAGCAGCACCCAGGACUCUGCCCGGCACCUGGUCACCUGCUGGGACUAUCACCUGUCCUGUGAUAGGCUGCCUCCCCCACCCACCACGGCCCUGGCCACAUGGACUGUGUGGCCUCUGCUGGCUGUGCCUCCCAUCUAGAUUAGGGAGCAAGUAGCCAAGGGAGGGGCCUUGCUUUCCACUCUGUGUACCUGCCCUGCUGGGUGCUGGUGGGCAGUGCCACCCCAUGCUGUCUGCUCUGUGAUUCUGUCCCUCGCACCCUCCACACUAGCACAGAUGGCAGUGCAGAAGCUUGCGGGCAUUAGGAAUGACUCAGCUCAGGAAGCUGUGGGGAAAGUUGUGGGGCCUGGGGCAGGGGUGAUGGUUCUGAGUCCAUAGGGGUCAGGCGUGGGGGGGCGCACCUCACAUCUGGGUCAAGCAGGGAGCACAAGCCAGUUCCAGGGUGCUGCAUGAAUAAAAUGUUAUUUCUCACAA